AUGGCACUGCCAGCUCCGGUCACCGCCAGCUUGCUUUCUUCUUUGGCGAAUCCUGCGCUAGUGGUACCAGGCACAGAUCCCUCUCCUGAUCCUCUUGAAGAGAAACGUAAGAACAAGCAGACGUGGAAGUAUCAAGGCUACAACGAGUUUGCUAAAUGGACGGCCUCGGACGACGACUUCUUCAUAUUUAGGCGUUUCGGUAAGCUCAACGCCUUGACGAUCCUCUGGCUGCAGUACCGCAUCGGGAUUAUUGAAGAAGAGCUAGAGGCUAUACAUGAGGCAAUCGCAGGCGCGGCGCUUGAGACUGGAAGGAAGAAUAGCAGUUUUCAAGCCGACGAAAAGCAAGAAGUACGAAGAGUCCAGUUGAUGAGUGACCUCUCACACCUUCUGCAGAAGUAUAAUGAGUAUAUAACCACAUAUUCGGCCGUACGAGCCCGAAGAAGAGCCUCGGCCCGACAAAUAGCCAACGUCAAGAACUGGGCCACUCGUAAAGCGGUCACGGAAAAGGAAAUAAGAUACCUAGACCACACAGGCGACCUAAUCUCCAUUUCCGACCGCCCUCAUCCAGUAAUCCACUCCUUCCUCAACAACCACCUAACGCGCAAAAUCCCGAUCUUCCACAAACGUCGCUACGAAGACACUCAUGUCGACUCCGAGUACACCUCUUACGCUAGCAACAACCGCCUGGAAGCAUUCAGCAACUCUAGCAUCAUCUUCCUGGGGUUCAGCAUGCUGCUCGGGCCCAUGUGGUGGCUGAAUUUCGUUACAAACAACACCAAGAGGCUCGGCAUCAUAACAGGCUUUGUGCUGCUUUCGAUGGUUUUAAUGUCGCUGGCAACGGUGAAUCGGCCGUUCGAGGUGAUAGCGGCGACCGCGGCGUAUACGGCGGUGCUGACAGUUUUUAUGCAACUUGGGGCGAAUUAGGUGUGUUCGAGAGGUGACGCGUCGUUUGGACUUCAAAUUGGACUCUUUUCGUGUGUGUUUUGGAG